GUGAGAACAAUGCACAGCCGGACUUCUCGGUCACGUGAUGAGGAAGAAAGUCACCUGACCUGUUCUAGUCUGCAUCAGGAAACAAGUCCAUAGCAGUGCUGGAGGGAGAGCAGCAGAGCCGGAUCCAGAGAGAGAUCCCGAAGAAACCAAGCUAUGGAGGACUGGAUGACUGACAAUAACCAUACUGCCAAUAGUAACAGCUCUAAUUUAGCACUUGGCUUCGCAUCCUCCGUUAUAUCGGUCGUCUUGUUCGGUUCUAACUUUGUCCCUAUAAAGAAGUUUGACACUGGAGAUGGCAUGUUCUUCCAGUGGAUUCUCUGCGCAUCAAUAUGGAUCGUGUCUUUAGUGGUCAAUAUCGUUCUUCGCUCUCCUAAAUUCUGGCCUGUUGCAAUGGUUGGAGGCUUUGUUUGGGCUACAGGUAAUAUUACAGUCGUUCCAAUUGUAAAGACAAUUGGACUAGGUUUGGGCCUUCUCCUUUGGGCGUCUUCAAAUCUUCUUACUGGAUGGGCAAGUUCCAGGUUUGGAAUGUUUGGAAUAAACCCAGAAGAAGUUGAAAGGCCGUAUCUAAACUAUGCAGGGGCAGGCCUAUCAGCUUUGAGUGCAAUUAUUUUUCUGUUUGUGAAAACUGAAGUUAAAAGUGUUACCUCAGAGUCAGAAACAACCCCACUUCUCAGGAAUAGUAUUAACACCCAGGAACCCGCUGGUAUAGAUGAAUCCUGGGUAGACAAAUUAUCACCUUUGCAAAAGCGAAUAAUAGGCUCGGUACUGGCUGUAGGAGCAGGAGUUCUCUAUGGAUCCAGCUUUGUUCCAGUUCUUUACAUUAAAGACCACAGUACGAACAAUGAGAGCAUAUAUGCGGGAUCCAGUCAGUUUGAUCUUGAUUAUGUGUUUGCACACUUCAGUGGAAUAUUCCUCACAAGUACUGUUUACUUCCUUAUUUACUGUGCUGUAAUGAAGAACCAGCCUAAAGUCUAUCCAAAAGCAAUACUGCCUGGAUUUAUCUCUGGCAUCCUUUGGGCAAUCGCAACUUGCUGCUGGUUCCUGGCUAAUAACUAUCUAAGCGCCGUGGUCAGCUUCCCCAUAAUAACCGCGGGCCCUGGAUUGAUUGCUGCACUUUGGGGAGUUUUAGUCUUUAAAGAAAUAAGGGGAAUGAGGAACUACCUGUUGCUGAUACUGGCAUUUUGUAUUGUCCUAACAGGUUCUCUUCUAACAGCUUUUUCUAAGACAUGAUUUGGCCACAAGGUGGUGCUGCACAUGUGUUUUUGAUAAACAUUCAUUCUUAUAAAACUAUAUGUUUGGGUCUUAAUUUUUACUUGGCAGAAAACAAAUUAUUCUGUUACGUUGUCUGGAUGAAUAGCUGCAGCAGGUCAAAGGUGAUGUGGGUACAAUUCACACUCAGUUCAAUGCAUUUUGGUAGACUGCGCGUGUUUCAGGUAACCACCCCAGAAUCAGA